UCAGUUGAGUUGACUGUUGAGUGUUAUUACUGUGUUACUUAUUUUAUUUUAAUUGCGUGAAUUGAAUAACAAUGUCUAGAGUAGAUGUUUUGUGGUGAUCGGUUCAUGAUUUUUUAAAUGUUUUGACUAAUUACUUGGUGUGGAGAAUUCUGGAUGUGUUAAUAGAAUUUAUUGAAGGGUAAAAAUAAGUGGACAAAAUUAAAUCCUCCUAUAAGUGGUAUGAAAUAACCUACAAGUAGCCCCAAUUAUAAUAUGGCGAUUUCGUGUCGGGUUAAAGUUCACAGUGUGAAGGUUUAGACAUCACUUAUCAAUUAGUAAAAAAAUAUAUGUAUAGGCUAUAAUUUAUGGCUUGGUUGUGAAUUAUGUUAUUUUUUUCAUUAUCAACAUAGGCAGUUUAGAAAAGUUGAUUUAUCCUACAAUAUUAACCAUUGGUGGUUAAGCCGAACUAGAUUACAACAGAGCUAGAUCUAAUAAAUACAUGAUUCAAGAUGAUGUGGCAAGAAGCACGCAAACAAGAACGAAAGAUUCGUGGAAUGCUGGUUGAUUAUAAAAGACGAGCUGAAAGAAGAAAGGACUAUUAUGAAAAAAUUAAAGCAGAACCUACUCAGUUCAUCCAAAUUCACGGUCGUCCAUGCAAGAUCCACUUGGACCCUGCGGUAGCGAUAGCUGGUGACAGUCCUGCCAACAUGAUGUCUUGGCAGGGGAACCAGGAUAUCCUGAUUGAUAGGUUCGAUGUUAGAGCCCACCUUGACUACAUUCCGGAAGUGAAAUCCAGAGAGGAAGAUGAUGAACUUACAGCUGAAGAGCGAUACAUAAACUAUGAACGUUAUCGUAUUUUGGCUCAGAAUGAUUUUUUGGGAGUAAGUGAAGAUAAGUUUCUGCAUCAGCUGAAUAUCGAGGAGCAGUUCGGGCCAGUGGAGAAGACAGAACCGCAACCAAUAGAGGGCAAGAAGAAAGUGGUGGGGGCAGCAAUCGGGUACAACUACAGUGAAGGGGGGACAGUUGCAGCACCGGCAGCUGCUGGGGAACCUGCCAAGGAGGAGAAAGACUCAAGUGAAGAAGAGAACGAGGAUGAUGAUGAUGACGAUGACAGUGACAUUGACUUUGACCUGUGUGUGGAUGUGAACAAGAUCAGCUCAGCUCAGGCACACGAGAUGAACGCCUCGGCCCUGUCCUAUGGCAUGAUGAGCAAUGACUUCUUCAGUUUCCUCACCAAGGAUGUAGAGGAAGCUGAAAAUCUUAAAAUUGCGAGGGAACGGGAAGAGGAAAAAGCCAUGUUCUCGGGUAGAAAGUCUCGAAGGGAGCGAAGAGCUUUCAGGGAGAAAAAGCUUCUUGGAAGAAAACUUAGCCCACCAAGCUAUGCAGCCACCAGAGCUGCUCCGAUAGCGGACCUAAUACGUACAGUGACAAAGGCCCAGUCCAGGAGUAGGUCUCGUUCCGACUCGCCUCCCAACGCUGGCAUGAUCCAGUACAUCACCAGCUUCGGUGGCGAUGAAACCCCUCUCGAGCCCCCUCCCCCGCAGAUCAUCAAGACCAGUGUUCACACAAGCAAAGAAGAUGAUAAUGUUUACAAAAGAACGGUCAGGUAUAGGUCAUCCAGAUCACCUGAAUCCACCACUAAAAGGGAAAGGUCAAUGGAGAAAUCGAGCAGAUAUCGGUCAUGGUCUCGAGCUGAUCACACAUCUAACGCUCGCAGAUCUCCCAGCCCCACAUGGCGCUCAAGGUCUCCGACCACUCGUACAGUGCGUUAUCGCUCACACUCAACCUCGCCUGCCAGGUUCACUGAUCGAGUGUCAAGUCAAAAUGAUAAAGUUUCCCAUACCAGUUACAGGAGGAGGCAAAGUUCUUCCAGGUCUAAAAGUGCAUCUCCACCUGUGAGGAUUGUGAAGAAGUCCACAUCUCCUCAGCCUGUAAGGAGUGUAGAAAUACCAGCUCCACCAGUCAUCACAAGAUAUUAUGGGCGUCAUAAGAACGAUUCUUCCUCUUCAGAAUUCGAUUUAUCUGACUCAGAAGACAAAAGUGAUCAAACAUCAGAUAAGCUUUCUGCACCUGACAAGAAUACUCAAGCUGUGGGUAAUUCGGGUGGCAGAACCAAACCAGCAACUACUUCUGCUAUGAAAAUCUCUCUUCAAGAACGUCUUAAGAAAAAGAGACAAGCAUUGAUCAAUAGGCAAUAUAAGGCAGACAAACGAGCUGAACGCUUGAGGCAAGAAAAGGCUGAGCAAGAACGUCAAGAUCGAGAAGAUGAAAUGAGAGAAAUCUCUAUAAAAAUGAGAAGGAGAGAGCGACAGAAGAGACAUCAGUACUAUGAGGCAGAUGAAUCUAACGCAGCAGAGAACUCGGACGAGGAUGACCGAUUGAGCAAUGCAACAUCUGGUUCUGGCAGUGAGAAAAUACCUUCUGAUUCUGAAAAAAGGUCAUGGAAUCGAACAUCAAGAAAAACAAAAGAGCAAGAUUUGGACAGAUCACGAAAUAGCCGAGAAAGGGACAGGAGCAGAGGUAGAUCCUCGAGGAGAGACAGUGAUUCGAGAAGAGUGAGGGAACGAUCCGGAGACAGAGAUAGAAGACAGAGGAGAAGUAGAGAGAGGGAAAGGUCUCGAGGACGAGACAGAUCAAGAGAUAGGAGGGAUCGGUCAAGAGAAAGGGAAAAGUACAGACGAGAGAGAGAUCGCUCAAGAGACCGAGGCAGAGACAGAUCCAGAGAUAGAGAUAGAGAUAGGAACUUUAGUCGCCACAGUAGAGAAAGAGAUUACGAGAUUAGUGGAGUCUCUGUCAAGAAACCAAUUAGGCCCCUGGUGGAUUAUUAAGAGUUCCUGGAAUUUCAUUGUUGAUUGAAAUAUAUGAAGACUGAAUGGAUAACAGAUUUUAUAUCUGAUAGUUGUUACAAUUCUGUGUUGUUAAGUUGAAGAUUGAAUUACUUAUCUGUAAUAUAUAUAUAUUUUGUUUUUACCAUAUUAAUUUAGAAUGACUCGUAUAUUCAGUUGUUUAUCUCCGUGUAUGUCAUUCAACUUCUUAAUAUACUAAAAUAAGUAAUUUGAGCAAUUGAAUAUUUACAUAUCAUUUAAUGUUUUGAUUUUUAUUUAGUGGGGUAUAGUAUAAAAUUAUCCCAGUCAUUUUUCUAAUCAACAGCUUUCUGGAACAGCUUUUUUGGUUAAUGUAUGUAUACAUUAUGCAGUAUAUGUCACUGUGGCUUUGUUAAGAAAUAAAUCUUUAUAAUAAA